GCAAGCCGAGCUGAAGUGUCGUUGGCGUCAGGCUUUUUCGUAGCCUAGUUCCGGCCGGAACGUGAUGUCAAUCUCCGCCUAACCCGCGCACCUCGCUGAGGCAUUUCUUAGAACUUCGUAAAACGAAAUUUGUCCAUUACUUCUCGCAUUCGAUCUUUAGCGGAUAAUUUCGUGUCGCAUUCCAUGGAUGCAGUGUAACGCGUUCGCCGUUGGUCCCAUCGGGAAUAGCAUGAAUUCGGAGGAAAACGGUGCGAGUGAUCAGGAUAAGGCGGAGGUCAGGAUGGAUGGUUUAAAGAACGACAAUCAAAAUGCCGAGCAGGCUGCUGUGACGUCGAAAGUGACGCAGUUAGAGAGCAGAGCCACCGGUGAACAAUUGAGAUUGAGCAGCAACGGCAGCGAGAAUAACGUCAGGCUGAUACCAUCCAAGAUGAGCAUUGUAUUUCCGAACAGGAUGAGAGCCAGUCAGACUGCCACAUCCGAUUGUGCCAAUUCUCUGGAACAGAAUGUUUCUCAGGAUGCUUCGAAUGCGAACGUAUCUUCCAUGUUUAUGAGUACCAGCAAUAUCAAGUCUCAGACUAUGAACACCAAUGUUGUGUCAAUUGAAGCUACGUGUCAAUUGAAGCACAAGACUGUUGUGAAUAUAAGCGCAUUGAAUCUGCCUAAACCCCAGAUGCACUUGAAUCUGCCUAAGCCUCAGAUGCACUUGAAUCUAUCUUCCACUCAGGCAAAUACACACCACAAUCAUAAUUUGAUAUCAGUUUCUCUCAACUCUGGUACAGCCACCAAUAAUGCAGUGCCGCAUUAUAGUGUGUCCAUAUCCAGCUCAUCAUUAAUGUCUCCUGAUUUACCAAUAAUCAAACCAAAUGAUGAUAUAGAUAUGAAGAAUAAUGUGGACUAUGCAUCAGCGAUAGAGAAAUGUCCUUCUAAAGUUUCCUGUAGCUCGGAUUCUAGUCCAGAGGCUGAUUGUUCCUGGACAUCAAAGUCCUAUGGAUCUAAACGUAUACUGAAUAAUAUAAGUGGUAGUAUAGGUUCAACAAGUCAAGGUACUUGUUGUGUCUUGAGACCUAAUAUCAAUGGAAGUAGGGAAGUCGCUGGUCCUAGUGGGUUACAGUGGAUUCCGCAGAGGGAGCAGGUAGAACGAAUGGAUUCUAGUUCCGGAAAUGAAGGUGAUAUGUCUGACGGAGAGGAUUAUUGCAUCUAUACUUAUAAGGGAAACGACGAUAUGAUUCAUUUGGAUCAGAAAGAGGAAUUAAAUCAAGGCCAUGCAGAAGAUCGCGGGGCAGCAGGCCAAUACCAUAGUGGUAGAUCAAGUCCAGAGAUGGAUUUCUUGGAAAUGGACUUUGAUCCUGGGCCUUCUUGCGAGCAGGAUACCGGAGACAGCGAUUUGGCCUCUAUAAACGAAGAUAUACAGAACAUAGCUUUAGAUAAUGUAGAGCCGGAUCCGAUGCUGAACGAUCUUAGCAGCGGGAAGGUGGUGUCUAGGCAAACGAUGACUGCCGUGUCGCAGAAUUCGAGGCAGAGCACGCAGAACGUCAAUCACACGGCUUUUCAACAGUGCAUCAAUAAUCAACCCGCAAUAGAGCAGAGCGUGAAGUCAACUUACUCCGCUCCGUGGAUGCCUAGCACCAGCUCCGGAAGAUGGGAAAGCACGUCGCUCUAUCGCAACACAGGUUGUCCAUUACGCGAAUCAUACGGUUAUCACAACACAAGCGGCGACCUUAUCUCACCCGGCGAUAAUAGAGAUUCUGAUUCGGAAUUAUGGGCUGAACCGUCGACAGCAGCCGUCCAGGACAAUUCGAAUUUGAAUGCCAGAAGGGUCAAUCUCAGUUCGACGCUUUACCAUCGAAUGAUGGCCAAGAAACUGAUGCUCAAUAAGCAGGCUGCGUUCAAUCAAAGCGGUGACUCUAACCUGGAGAGCGAAUUGUGUAAUGAACGAAUCGACGGGCUACCGCCAGUUGAGAAAGUGAUGCUAUGGAGCGAGCAGGAAGCUACCAUGAAACAAGUGACACAAAUCGGCACAUCUGCCUGCGGUGCUACGUCUGCGAUUAACGCUUUGUUGGCAUUGAACAUGUCAUUUUCUCUAGAAGUAUUAGUGAAAGGUGUAAAUACAAGAUUGAGAGAACUGGGUGUUUCGUUGCCGAGAUAUCUCUUGAGCCGAUCGGUCGCGGGAGCAACUCAUAAGGACAUAGCGCGAGGAAUAUCUCUGUCGACGAACGGCGCGGCUGUAACAAAGUUCUUUGCAUUUUAUCCGGAACGGAAAGUGUCUUUGUCUCAUUGGUUGCAUUAUUGGAUCUCCAAAGGUGCUGCGCCAAUCGCAACGUUGAAUCUGCAGCAUUGCGGCGAAGGUUGCGAUAUACCGGAUGCCUGGCAUCAUCAGAUGAUAUUUGGUGUAGGACAGGCUGGCAUAUACUUAACAAAUCCUUUAGAAUGCUUACCCGAAGAGUUCUUAUGGCAUCAAUUGAUUAGCCCCAGCGUCUUGUUGAUACGAAGGACAGAUGUUUUAGCACAUUGGAAUGCAAAUACGGAUCUAACUCCACUCGCAAUGAUGGAUCAGAAAUGGCGAAAACUUAAUGUUCUCGGGCAAGUUGUAAAUAUGGUGCGUGGGGCAAUGAGCGAGAGACAGCAACCUAACAGUACGACUACAGGAACCACUCACAUUCGCAUACCGGCGUCUUAUCAAGCGGGCAUUACGUUGGUCAUGUGCGCGGAUUCUGCCGCCGCCACAGAGUUGUUACACGCCGAACAACUACCACUACUCUAGUCCUGUUAAUCUAAAACCAAUAAACAAGUAUAGAUCGGUCGAUUUGAUCUACAGUGAAUUUUAUUAGCAGACCGGCUCGCGGUAAUGAUCAUAUUUAUAGUUUAUUUACUACGGUACAGACAGAACGUUAAACAGACUUGAAACGGGACAAAAAUUAUUUAUAUUUUCGACAUACGAGACACGUUUGUAUUUCCAGAAAAUAUUGAUUAAAAUAUAUUUCAAUAGAG